CCUCUCCUGGUGUGACCGAAGUGAAGUUUGAGGAAAUCCCUCCUGCUGAACGUCACAUGAUUGUCUCCUGGGAGCAGAAGCACUCCUGUAUGUUGCCAGAGGACCUGAAGAACUUCUAUCUAAUGACGGACGGCUUCCAGCUUUCCUGGUCUGUGAAGCUGGACGAUAAUGCCAUCCAGGUGGGGACCAUGGUGAUCAAUGGUAUUUCCAGUCUCACUCUGCUGAGAAAUUCCUCUACUUACGCCUUGCCGAACGCGCCCACGCUCGCCGUCCUGGAUGACGACCUGGAUGAGAAAGGCUGCCCGGAGCAUCCGCACUUUGAUUCCCGGAACACGAUCUUUGAGCUGGACCCAUGUAACGGUGACGGGAAAGUCUGUCUGGUUUACAAGAGCUCAAAGCCAGGACAGGCAAUCCCCGAUCCAACCAUCUGGUUCCUAGACCGGGCACUCUACUGGCACUUCCUUACAGACACCUUCACGGCAUAUUACCGGCUCCUCUUGUGUCACCGCGGCCUCCCACAGUGGCAGUAUGCCUUCACCAGCUACGGGCUCAGCCCGCAGGCCAAGCAAUGGAUGAACAUGUACAGUCCCAUCACCUUCAACCCCUCUCAGCUGGCGGACGAACAAGAUUAUUUCAUCAACAAGUUGGAUCCCAGCAAAAUCUUUAAGAGCAAGAAUAAAACCCCAGUGACCAAGAAGAAGCUGCCAGCGCCCCCAAGUGGCUACCAGAAAGCCUCCCUCGCGUCCUCCAAAAACCCAGCACCCCCUAGUGGCGUGUCCCGGAAAUGAACAUUGCCUGCUCCUAGCAUACAGGAGUGACUCUGUAUAUAAAUGUAUUUAUCCACCUACUGUAUGUGCGGACAUACGCGGUGACUAUUGACCAUUGUGUAAAUGUAAAAAGGCUGGUUCUUGUUUUAUGCUUGCUCAUAUUAAAUGCAAAUACUGUCUGGA